AUUGAUUAUUUUUUUCUCUCUUUUUUCCCCCCUUGGAUGUCCCUACCGAUGAUUAUUAUAGUUCUUCAUCUCCACUCCCCAGAAAAUCCGCCCCAGAAAAUAGGUCACAGCCUCUCACCUGACAAGACCAGUUAAUCUUGUCUCAUCUGUUCACCUCUCCCCUUUCCUCUUCUUCUCUCCUUGCUGACUUCCCACUUUUUACCCCAUUUAUCUUCUGUCGAACAUAUACUCCACCUCUUGCGAAGGCUUAUUGGGCCUGUUUUCUAUGGUGGAUGUGGUUUCCGUUCUGGUUGUCCCCCACAAACGCCAAAUCAUGCCUCGUAUCUAUCCGCACGCUUAAAGGGACGGGCCUCUAACUCGACAUGAUCUCUGGGCAUGGUGUUUCGCCCGGGAAUGGUAUCACCGGGGGUUAUACGGGCAACGACAUUGGUUUCAAGAUUGCCAUUGCGACCCUUGCCGCCGUGACCUGGUACAAUGCUAUCGAACUCAUUAUCCUCGUCUUCGUCACCUUCAGUCAGUACCACGGCCUUUACUUCUGGAGUUUGUUCAUCGCAUCCUCAGUCGGUCUCGUUCCCUACCAGGUUGGCUUCCUGCUGAAGUUCUUCAACUUGACCGACCAAACAUGGCUCUCCGUCACUUUCAUCACCAUCGGCUGGUGGGCGAUGGUCACUGGCCAGUCCCUGGUUCUCUAUUCGCGACUCCAUCUGGUUCUGGGCAAUGCACGCAUCCUCCGCCGCGUGCUUGCUAUGAUCAUCGUGGAUGCCAUUAUCUUGCACAUUCCCACCACUGUUUUAACCUAUGGAUCUAACCUGGCCGGUGGCCGGGCCGCCUACAUCAACGGAUACAACAUCAUGGAGAAGAUCCAGAUGACCGGGUUUUGUAUCCAAGAAUUUAUUAUCUCCGGUCUGUACAUCUGGGAAACAAUACGUAUGCUCCGCCUGGAUCCCGACAGAGGCAAACGCAAAAUCAUGUACCAGUUGGUCGCCAUCAAUCUGGUCAGUAUCCUGAUGGAUAUCGGCCUGCUGGUGGUGGAGUAUAAGGACAUGUACAUCAUGGAGACGAUGAUCAAAGGCGUGGUUUAUAGCAUCAAGUUGAAAUUGGAAUUCGCCGUGCUGGGCAAGCUGGUGCAUCUCGUCCACAGCCAUGUCUGGAAGACCGAGUCGGUCACCCGCCCUACGUCGGAUUUCCCCGAUUUCGUCGACGCAAGCCGGGUUACAUCCGAUCUCACCCAUGCAAUGCCAGCCACACGCCACCGCUCUCACCCCUGGAUGGACACGGAUGACGUUUCGAUCGCCAUGUUCGAGCAUUCCGGGCUUUCCCGAGAUCAAGAGACCGGCCACUCAGAGGUGUCCCAUUCAUGGAGCGGCGAAACCCACACGAAUCAUCCGUAUCCCGAUCGAGAACUUAGUCCGGUGGACUUCACCUCCCUACAUCAGCAGAAGAGUCUCCCAUCGAAAACGUCAACAGAUAGCCCGGGGUGACACCCUAAAGAACCUUUUUUUUUUUCUCUUUAUCAGCUAACCCUUGAACCCUCCAUCUUCGCCCGUCUCCUUCACCCGACUCUCAGCUACUGAGUUGUCUUUCUCCACGAAUGACGAGUUAUGAGAUCACGACGUGCAAA